UCCCCGUCACUAAAGCUCAACGUUUGUCUGAGACACACCCUCAUAGUUUCAUGACAAGACUUUCCUCAUCAUGUAAUCCAGUGAGUUGAGUUGCUGAAUCUAUGAAAUCUGUACACAGUUGUACAGAUCUUUAUUGUCUCCUCAUCUGAGUUUUUAACAAUCCACCAAAAGAAGACAAAAGAGAAGAUGCUUCAUUCUGAAAAAAACAAAAAAACGCUCUCUGAUCACAGGAAAAGUCUUCAGGAUCUAAAAAAGUCCUAUGAAGAAAGUGAAGAGCCUGAGAAACAAGAGUUAUGGGAGAUCAUUAAUGAUGAAUUGCAAGACAUCUUGAAGAAAUACUCCUUAUUCUUCUCAAAAAAACAAAUGAAGAUUUUCAACGACCCCAUUCAUGGUCACAUUGAGCUGCACCCCCUCCUGGUGAAGAUCACAGAUACGCCUCAGUUUCAGAGACUCCGUCACAUCAAACAGCUUGGAGGAACAUAUCUGGUGUAUCCGGGAGCUUCUCACAAUCGUUUUGAACACUCUCUUGGUGUGGCGUAUUUAGCUGGAUGUCUUCUCAGAAGUCUUCAUUAUAAUCAGCCAGAGCUCAACAUUACCAAACAAGAUUUCCUGUGUGUUCAGAUCGCUGCUCUGUGCCAUGACAUGGGUCAUGGUCCGUUCUCUCAUUUAUUUGAUGGCAUGUUCAUCCCUGAAGUACGACCUAAUUCCCCUUGGGAGCACGAGGAAGCCUCUGUUGACAUGUUUCACUGCAUGAUCAAGAAGAAUGGACUGGAAAAAGAGAUGGAACAACAUGGACUUAAUCUAUAUGAAGACCGCAUAUUUAUUAAGGAAUUAAUUCUGAAAGGACAAAAAGAUGCUAAGUGGUCAAUGAAGGGCAGGACUGAAGACAAGUCUUUCCUGUAUGAGAUUGUGGCAAAUAAACUGAACGGCAUUGACGUGGAUAAAUGGGACUAUCUGGCUCGCGACUGUCAUUAUCUCGGCAUUCCUAAUGGUUUUGACCAUGAGCGUCUGCUGAAAUCUGCACGAGUGUGUGAUGUGAACAAGAGGAGACACAUCUGCUUCAGGGACAAGGUGGCAGAAAAUAUUUAUGGCAUGUUUCACACUCGAUACACUCUCCAUCGUCAGGCCCUUCAGCACAAGAUUGGCUACAUCAUCGAUGUCAAGAUCAAGGAUGCGCUUGUACUAGCUGAUGGCCCACUGAAGAUCUCAAAUGCCAUAGAUGACAUGCUGGAGUACACAGAACUCACAGAUCACAUCUUUGAUCAGAUCUUGAACAAGUCAAACACACAUCUGAAAAAGUGUGUUGGAGAGGCCAGAUUGAAUGAAGAUAAAUUAGAGCAGAAGGCUGAGGAGUGCUUUCAGAAGUGGUGUGAGAAAGACUUCAUUGAUUCAGACAAUCUGUCUAAAGCCCGAAGCAUUCUAGAAGACGUUGUCAACAGACGGCUGCCAAAGUUCGUGGGAGAGGCCCGACUAAAGGAAGAUGGAUUAAAGGAAAAACUGCUGGCCAGCUUGAGAACCCAUUCAGGUGACGUCUUCAAGACUAAAGUGUAUCAGGACAUACUGCUGGCCAGUUUGGGAGACAAGCCUGAUGAAGCCUUCAAGAUUAAGCAAAAAAAGGAGGACGGCUCCAAAGCCCAGCCUGUUAAAGCCUUCAAGAUCAAAGUCUAUCAGAAACUUCUGGAGAAAUGCUGGAAGUCUGAUCCGCAGGCACCUAAGGGAGCUGAGGACUGUGAAAUUCAUGUUCUUGAGAUGGGUUUUGGUGAAGUGGGUAAUGAGCCCAUUGAAAAUGUUCAUUUUUAUAGCAAGCAGGAGCCAAACAAAGCCUUCAAGAUGGAGAAGUAUCAGGUGUCCAGUCUCAAGCCACAGAAGUUUCAUGAAUGGCUUGUGAGGGUCUAUUACGAUCCGAAGGAUUGGGAGAAUCAGGAGGAGGUCCAGCAGAAAGCUGAGUACUUUCAUAAGUACUUUCAUGAGUGGUGCAAAAGCAAUAAAAACAACUUCAUUGAUUUUGGGCCUCAUUCAGAAGAAGAAGAAGAAGAAGAAGAAAAAGAAGAAGAAGAAGAAAAAGAAGAAGAAGAAGAAGAAAAAGAAGAAGAAGAAAAAGAAGAAAAAGAAGAAAAAAAAGAAGAAAAAGAAGAAAAAAAAGAAGAAAAAGAAGAAGAUGCUUCAAGGAAGAUUUUCAAUGACCCCAUUUAUGGUCAGAUUGAGCUCGACCCCCGGCUGGUGAAGAUCAUUGACACUCCUCAGUUUCAGAGACUCCGUCACAUCAGACAACUCGGAGGGGCAUUUCUGGUGUAUCCGGGUGCCACUCACACUCGUUUCGAACACUCACUUGGGAUGGCAUAUUUAGCAGGAUGUAUGAUCGAUGUUCUGAAAAAAAAACAUGCUCUGAAAAAGAAUCCAGAGGAUUUCAUUUCACCGAAAGACGAGCUGUGUGUCAAAAUUGCUGCUCUGUGCUACAAUUUAGGCCAUGGCCCAUUCUCUUUUCUGUACGAGAACUUCAUAAAAGAAUCCCUAAAGCGUGAUGAAAAUUGGAAGGUAGCAUCGCACUUGAUGCUUGAGGACAUAUUAACGAAGAAUAAAUAUCUGAAUGGCGAGUUAAACGAGAGUGAUCUCACCUUUAUUAAGAACUUAAUUGAUGGGGACCAUACUACUUCAGAUACAAUGCGGGAAGAGAGGGAAUGGACUGAGGACAAAACUUUCCUGUAUGAGAUUGUGAGAAAUAAAUGGAACGGCAUUGAUGUGCGUAGAUGGGACUAUUUUGCAAGAGACUGUCAUCACCUCGGCUUCCCAAACAGCUUUGACCAUCGGUGCCUGCUGAAAUCUGCUCGAGUGUGUGAGGUGGACGGGAGAAAUCACAUCUGCUUCAGAGACAAGGUGGCAGAUAGUGUUUAUGACAUGUUUAAAACCCGGUACACUCUCUACAGUCAGGCCUACCAGCACAAGAUCGUCAACAUCAUCGAAAAAAAAAUCACAGAAGCCCUCACUGCAGCUGAAGGCAAGCUCACCAAGAUCUCACCGUUUACUGAAGCCCCUUCAAGAGAUGAUGGCCAGAAGAAGAGGUCAAGUGGCUCACGAAAGCGUACGAUAGCAUCCGACGAGGAAAGGGUUGCAAAAUUGUCCAAACUGACAGACCACAUCUUUGAGGAGAUCUUGUACUCCACUGAUGACGAGCUGAAAGAUGCCAGGAUGAAACUGGAGGAUGUUGUGAACAGACGCCUGCCAAAGUGUGUGGGAGAGACCAGAAUAACAGAAGCUGAAUUCAAAGACAAACAGAUCUUCCAGGAUAACUGGAAUCAAGCAGUGGACGAAUGGAACAAACUUCACCCAACUGUGUUCUUGGAUAAGAAGGAUUUCAUCAUUGAUGUGAUUCAGCUGGAUUGUACUUUCAGCAAGGGUAAAAACCCCAUCGACAGUGUCUAUUUCUACAGGAAGAGGAACCCCACCGAAGCCUUCAAGAUUAAGAAAUAUGAGGUGUCCAGUCUGCUGCCGGAGGAGUUUACUGAAUAUGUUGGUAGGAUUUACUACACAAAAAAGUCUGAUGAGGAGGAGAGGGAUGCUAAGGAGUGCUUCAAAUGGUGGUGCCGUGGCAAGUGUUUGAUUCUGGUCUACGAUAAAGAUGAGUUUAGAGGCAACAAGUGCUUUAUCACAGGGGACUGUCCUUCUUUGGACCGCUGUGGUAUAGAUGUGGUCCGCUCUUGCAAGGUUAUCAAAGGCAUCUGGAAGCUCUAUGAGGGUCAAGAAUACAACGAGCCCCAUUACCUGCUGAAUGAGGGGGAGUAUCCCAAUCCUGCAGCAUGGGGCGCCACAAACCCUGCUCAGUCUCUUAAAAGUGUGACAUCAUUUCAGGUCCAGCUCUAUGAACAGGUGGAUCUGGUAAAUCCAAAACACGAGACCACUGUUGACUGUCAUUCUGUGGAGGAACAGUUUGGUAUAAAUGGGGUUCGCUCCUGUAAGGUGGUCAGUGGUGUAUGGAAGCUCUAUGAGGGGCGUGACUACACUGAACCCCAUUACCUACUGAAUGAGGGGGAGUAUCCCAAUCCUGCAGCAUGGGGAACCACCAACACUGUUCCUGCUCAGUCUCUUAAACGUGUGACAUCAUUUAAGAUCCAGCUCUUUGAACGGGAGAAUUUUGAAGACCCAAUGCAUGAGACCACUGUUGACUGCUCUUCUGUGGAGGACCAGUUUGGCAUAAAAGUGGUUCGCUCCUGUAAGGUGGUCAGUGGUAUCUGGCAGCUCUUUGAGGAUCCUGACCACACUGAACCCCAUUACCUACUGAAGGAGGGGGAGUAUCCCAAUCCUGCAGCAUGGGGCGCAGCCUACCCUGCUCAGUCACUUAAACGUGUGACAGAGUAA